AGAAAGGAAAUUCAACAAAUAAGUUAAUUUACAGAAAGGUUUGGACUUUGUGUCCCUUUUGGAAACCUUAACAAUGGGGAUUAAGCUUCAAGUUAUUCUAGGAAUGUUUCAGUUCGUCUUGGUUACCAGAAUGCCCACGUCUUAUGCCAAGCUGGCUCACUGGCAGCCUGCCGAAAAUCACAGAUCCAGAGAAGUGCUGAAGUGGCUGGAGGUGUACAGUCUGAGUGGGUGCCAGCCAAGAGAGACUCUGGUGGAGGUAUGGAGGGAGUUCCCCCGGGAGACACAACACCUCUUCCUGCCCUCCUGUGUUGCCUUGCGCCGCUGUGGGGGCUGCUGCUCCGAUGAGGCACUGGAGUGUGUGCCCUCACACACCUACACCCUCACUUUGGAGCUGAUGAGGACCUCCUACAUGAAGCACGAGCUGGUCCAGCUCCCCUUCACUGAGCACAGCCAGUGUGAGUGCAGACUAAAGAAAGACCUUAAGGUAGCAGCUGGCAGACAGGAGGAAAGACCAGAGAGGAGAGGGCGACAGAGGGAGAGAGACAAACCCAAACAAAAGAAAAGUGGAAAAAUCAAACCCUUGCCCCCUGCCCCCACACCGAGGCCACAGUGUCCCCCCUGUCCCGGGCGAAGGAGGGUGGUGGACCCCAAAUCCUGCCAGUGCAGCUGCAGCCAAAGCCAGGAGAGCUGCAGACAGAGAGGGAGGCACUUGAACCAGCACAGCUGCAGAUGCGAGUCAAUGAGGCAGUGAUGAGCCCUCUCUCCCAUCUCGCACGCAUGAUGGUCUCGAGGAGGCAGGGAGAUGACUGUUCUAUGAUGGAG